GGUUUGGAGGCUUCGUGUUGUGCCCCGGUGUGUUCCCCGCGGAGAAAAGGUUGAAAAUGCCCACAGUCCAGAUGUUGAGAGCGGCGGUGGAGCAGAGUCUAAGUGCGGCCGCGGAGGACAUAUUUAAACUGUUAGAGAGAACCGUAACAGAGUACGAGGACCAAGUUCGUCAUUUAAAACAGGAGAACGAACUUAAACAGAAACUACUGGACGCUGCUUGGAACCCACGGGUUCUGAUCAACGCUGGAGUAGGUGUUCAUCAGCUGUUGGUCGUUAAGGAAGGGGUUUCCAUUCUGAAGGAGGGGGUUCCCAGUGUGGACCAAGGGGAUGCUAAGUCGCCCUACAUUAAAGAGGAAUAUGAGGUAGUGGAGGUCAAACAGGAGGAAGAGCAGUUUCAGGGGCUGGAGGAGGCUGAUAUGAUCGAGCUCCCAUCUCCUACUGUAACAGUGAAGAAUGAAGAUGAUGAUGAAGAGAAACCUCAGUCCUCAGAGCUUCAUCAAAGACAAAGUGAAGAGGACAGAGAGGAGACCGAUGGAGAGGACUGUGGAGGAUCAGAGGCAGCGGGUAGCCUCCAUCCACACAGACAGUUGGAAACACAGACUGAUGACCAGACCGAGGACUCCUCUGACCGGGACACUGAUGACGACUGGACACCCAACAGGGAGUCUGAGUCACAUGUAAAAAAAGUAACAAAGCCUCCGUCCAGCAUAAACAAUAAUGACCUCACAGGAUCUAAAACAAAACCACAUGCAUACAUACAUAUAUAUGAGACACCACACAAUAGCGAAGCUUUAUUGUGUUCAGUUUGUGGUGCAGGAUUUACUUCUAAGCUAGACUUGGAUAAUCACAUGAAAUUCCACACAGAAGAAAAUCCAUUUCUUUGUUCAGUUUGUUGUGAAAGAUUUCCACGAAAGUCAGCCUUAAAACAUCACAUGAAAGUCCACUCAGGUGGAAAAGUCAAGUGCUUGGUUUGCAAGAAAGGUUUUCAGGAUCGUACUCAUCUUAGAAGACAUAUGACAAGGCACACAGGAGAGAAACCUUUCGAAUGUUUAGACUGUGGUCGUCGAUUUGCUCAGAAGUCAACCUUGGUUCAACACAAGAGACUCCACACAGGAGAACGACCAUUUUCUUGUUCAGAAUGUGGUGCGUCAUUUUCUCAUAGGUCAAACAUGCGUAGUCACGUCAAAGUCCAUGCAAGAGAGAAGUCUUUCAACAAGCAGGUUGGUGAUAGUGUUGUGAAAGCAACUGACAAAGGAGAAAAACAGUUUGAAUGUUCACUAUGUGGGUUUGCAUUUGCUCGCAAGUCCAACUUAACUCGUCACAUGAGUGUCCACACUGGAGCAAAACCCUUCAGCUGCUCAGUUUGUAAGAGAUUUUUUGCACAUAAACGUCAUGCUCAAAGACACAUGUCAGUCCAUCUAAAACGGAAACGGGCAAAUCCUGCCAAGCAGACGGACGACUUUUCUGACUAAGUGGAGGGAAAAGAAGGAAAAAUCGCACAGGAACAUGUACAUACUCCCACAUGUCUACUCUUGACUGAUUUGUGUGAAUUUUCAAUAUGCAAUUUAUGUGUGUCUGUGCCUUAUGUUCCCCAAUUUUAAUUAUUGUGUAGAAAUCUUGGGUAAUACUUACAAAACCAACCUACAACCAUUAUGCACGCUUCAAAAGAGAGCAAUAUGGAUAAUAAACAAUACAGGACAUCUGGAACAUACAAAUAAACUAUUCUUACUCUCACAUACACUCAAAGGAUUUGGUGGAAAUUAAAAUAGCACAAAUAUUAUACAAAGUCACAAAUAAAUUACCUCCAAGUAACAUACAGAAAUUAUUCACAGAUAGAGAGGGUGGUUAUGACUACAAACUAAAUAUGAAAACAUUUCGCUAGAACAAAUCUUAAAAAGAUGUGCAUUUCAUGUUGUUAAUUGGUUUUGUGCAUUUGAAUGGAACUAAAAAUCAAACUG